AUGCCUUCUUCUCUAAGCACCCGCGCAGCUUUCUCCCCGGUGACGGAGAGGUUGGGCGUGGCUAAAGAUGGAGCCAAAAGCAGCCAGCGGGAUGGAUCCCCGCUGGCUUCCCUUGGCUUGUGCCAUAGCACGCGCGCCAACCCCUACCGGCAGGAAACAGCAGAGCGACCUGCUACCAGCACCAUCAAACUGGCACGUGCCCUGUCGCCUGUCACUGCCACGGCCCCCCACUCUUACGCCAAGGCAAAUGGGCACUGUGAGGUUGAUGCACAAGCGAGCGUGGAGCCAGCCCAGCCCAGCAUGGAGAAUCUGGAGAAGAACAAGCCUGCCGGGUCCACUCCUGAGGGUCCCACCGAAAACAGCAGCUCCCCGGUGAGGACAGAGUCUCUUUCCCCAUCCAUCCCGCCGCUGCCUUCCAGUGGGAUCUCCUUGUCUCCGAGCAACACUGCCUCUUCCUCGCUGACGUCCUCCCCGUGCUCCUCCCCAGUGAUGACGAAGCGCUUGGUUGGAGCCUCGGCCAGCAGCCCCAGUUACCAGUCUUCCUACCAGGUGGGGAUCAACCAGCGCUUCCACGCUGCUCGCCACAAAUUCCAGUCCCAAGCUGACCAGGACCACCCGUCGAGCGGUCUCCAAAGCCCUCCGUCCAGGGACCUGUCGCCCACCCUCGUUGACAACUCGGCCGCCAAGCAGCUUGCCCGCAACACCGUCACUCAGGUCCUCUCCAGGUUCACCAGCCAGCAGGGUCCCAUCAAGCCCGUCUCGCCCAACAGCUCCCCCUUUGGCACAGACUACCGGACCCUGGCCAGCGCCAUGAGCCCCAAAAGCGAGUCUAGCCCGGGCAAAGUCUCCAGCCCGCUGAGCCCGCUCUCGCCUGGCAUUAAAUCACCAACCAUACCCAGAGCCGAAAGAGGGAACCCUCCGCCGAUUCCUCCAAAGAAACCUGGUCUGGCUCCUUCUCCAGCCAGCCACACUCCACCGACGAAGACCUCCUCUCAGGCACCUUCUCUGGGUUCCCCUGCGGACUUGGCGAGCAGCUGCUCAAUCAAUGCCGUGGUGGCCAAUGGGAAGGAAAUUGAGAUCUUACUGCCAGCCAACAGCUAGUCUCCAGAAAGAGCUGCAAUCCGAGCGUUUGCAAUUCCCAGAGCUGAAACACUGUCUUAGCCACUCCAUGUUAUUUAUUAUUUGGGUAGUAACAAAAAUCUGUUUGUAUAACACACUUAGUGUCCUUUUCCUUUUAUUUUAUAGCGUGUAGAAAAUAGCACGACUUGUGUACAGACCUUCCUUAAACACUAGAGCCUCAAGGUCUCUCAUAGCAGCAGGCACAUCAAACAGAGAGAGAAAAAGAGACGGAGAGAUGCGGUGAAUUCCUGAUGCUGGGAGCGGACCAGCGGACUACGACGACGGAACACUCAUUUUUAAAUUAUGCAGAAAAAAACACAACACUCCAUGCAAACUUCCAUUCCAGACAGACAUUUUCUAAGAAGUGCCUGAGCUUAAGCCUGCAGAUAUGAAUGUGAUUCUCUGCAAAUCCCAGAAGGGAUCGUCCAACUGCAGAAAGCAGUUUCCUCUCUGAAUCAUGAAUGUUGAAAUCAACACUGUUCUUAAUCCUUUCCAGUUCGCAGUACACUACAGAAGGGGAAUGUUCCAAAGGUGACCGCUAGAGUCGGUCAGUUGUUUCCCUGCUAUGAACCAAGUCAGUCAAUGUAGCUGCUGUGUCAGGAGCACUUUGGCCCCUGUUGCUGAGCUUUAGGCAACCCAGGCCUUUCUGACGACAUAACCUUUCUUUAAAAACACUUUGGGAGCUUUAAACAAUCAGGGUGCCAGUUUGUUUGGGUUUUCUUUUUCCCAGUCAAGUAUCCAUUCCUUGCAUUUUUCUCUUGCGUAGAGAGAUAAAAUAGGCGAGAUCAAAUCUUGAAAGCUAGCUUUUAAUAUUCUUCACAUAGUCUACUGUUGUAUGUGUGUGUGUGUGUAGAACUUCUGAGAGCGGGAUCUUGUUAUUUGAUAAAGAUCUUCAACGUUA